AUGGCAACGUGCAAGUCAACAUCGGCCGACACUGUCUUCGAAAUCUGGCUAGCUUCUCGGGCCAAUCCGAAUUCUACAGGUCAAAGACUUCCUCCCGGCUCCCAUCGUCCACUGUGCUCGAGAAAGCUCCGUCUAGCAUUACGAAUUUUGAAAUCAUGCUCCGCCGAGAUAUUCGGCAUGCUGUGGUCGCUUCACCCAUGGAGAAUCGGCCUCACGCUCGCAUUAGAAAUCAUACGCGGCCUUUCUCCCGCAUUCAAAGGAUACUCCCAAGCCUUACUUAUCAACGAGGUCCAAAGACUGAUAAUCUCCAGGCAAUUCACGUGCGGAGACCUUCUGCAUCUUGUUGGCGCUGAAACCACACGCAUUGGAUUCGAGGGCCUGUUGGACUAUCUAGCGUCCUCGAGUGAAGACGUAAUUCACAGCUCUACGCAAUUCCUUUUGGAAUACAAACAAAUGCAGCAACGCGUACGACUCGACGUCCCGACCCUCAACGAUCCUGUCAUCCGUGACCUUCUGCACGAAUCGGAACUGUUUGUGCGAUCGUUCAACGGCAUGUCGAGCUUUGGACUUUUCUCCACUUUCGAUCUUACGCAUAUCUUGUCCUUGAUUUCCGAACUUGUGUCCCAUCUAUUGAUCCUCGCAUCCGUGACUUCGGGCGACUUCCACCUCCACGCGUUACUCCUAUCCCUCAUUUUGUCAGUGCUUCCAUUGAUGCUCGGAUCCAGACAUGCCCAGGCAGACCUCGAAGGAUGUGAUGAUUCGGUGGAGAUUCGUGCGCUCGUCACCCAGGAGAAAAUGCACUUCCUUGCUUAUAGUAACUCUCAUCGUCCCGAACUUGCGCUGUUUGGGCUUGGUCCUUGGAUCUUGCAGUCUUGGGCUCAGGCGCGGAAGACCAUGCUCAAAUCUGGUCGACAGGAGAGCAUCCUUAAAGAGGCUGAACGAAUUCCGUCGUAUUUGAUAUCAAACAUUAACAUUUCAGGUCUUCUUUUCGUAAUGCAAAAUAUACCGCUGCUGCUUGCGACACACUCGCCCUCAGCAUCGUUGGGCAACUUUCUUCUAUAUCGCAACUCGAUAGAGUCACUACUUUUCACCAUCCGUCGUCUGUUACAUGCAAUUAGUAUGGCGUACCAGAACAUUUUCCUCAUGGCCGCCUUUUGUGCUGCAUCUUCGAUAAAACCACGUUUACAUCCUGAUGAUGACAACGUUGUCCAAUAUAAGAAUAAUCCCGGAGGGAUGAGUAUCACUGCGAGGAACUUGACAUAUACAUAUCCCGGAAGUACAGACCCUGCCGUGAAGGACGUCAAUAUCACCAUAAAUGCCGGAGAGAGCAUAGCGAUUGUCGGAUUUAAUGGAUCUGGGAAGUCAACGCUCGCCAAAAUCUUGCUACGCAUAUUGGAUCACGACAGCGGCGAGCUCCUAGUCAAUGACAUAGACAUACGAAGAUAUUGGCCCGAAGAGUUUCACGCGCAUGUCUCCGCUGCGUUUCAAGAUUUUUCGAAGUAUGAUGCGUCGGUGCGAGAAAACAUAGCAGUCGGCUUCGUAGAGGAGCUACAGAAUAAUGAUGCAGUUGAAUCGGCUGUGCAUCUCGCAGGAGCGGCGGGUCUUGUGCGAUCUCUGGCGCAAGGCCUGGAGACGGAGCUCGAUUUUAUAAGCACUUCCUCCAGAUCGGACGCUACUCCGUGGGCUUCGCCUCACGGAACUAAAUCCGAGCUCUCGCGUCAUGGGUUGUCGGGCGGCGAGUGGCAACGCAUCGCUUUGUCGCGAGCUUUCAUGAGGGCUAAUCGACCGGAGGUAGACUUGAUACUGUUUGAUGAACCAACUUCUUCGCUCGACGCACACGCCCAAAAACGAGUAUUUGACAGCCUGCAAACAAUUUCUCGUCCCGCGUCAGGUGCCAAAAAAACGGUGAUCUACAUCACACAUCGGCUAUCCACCGCCCGUCAUGCUGACAAGAUAGUAAUGAUGGACAAAGGAACCAUCGUAGAGUUCGGAACUCAUGAGGAACUCCUGACACGCAAUGGACAGUAUGCAUCACUGUAUAAGGCAUCUGUCUAA